UUCUGGGAGAAUUUCAUGGCAAUGGGGUGCUAGCAAAGUAUAAUCCUGAGGGGAAACAAGACAUUCUUAACCAAACCAUAGACUUUGAAGGUUUCAAGCUGUUCAUGAAAACGUUCCUGGAGGCUGAGCUCCCUGAUGAUUUCAGCGCCCAUCUCUUUACAUCCUUUAGCAGCCAAGCGCCUCAUUCCAGCCCCUUGGUCAAAAGUAAACCUCCCCUCCUCUCUGGGGGUUUGCGGAUGACUAAAGGUGCCGUGACACCUCCUCACACGUCUCCAGCCAGUUUGCACACGCCACAAGUCAUCCAGCUGAAAGACAUCGUCUGCUACUUGUCCUUGCUUGAACGAGGGAGACCUGAAGACAAACUAGAGUUCAUGUUCCGCCUCUACGACACAGAUGGCAAUGGCUUCCUGGACAGUUCGGAGCUGGAAAACAUCAUUAGUCAGAUGAUGCACGUGGCUGAAUAUCUUGAGUGGGAUGUCACGGAGCUCAGCCCGAUACUUCAUGAAAUGAUGGAAGAGAUCGACUAUGACCAUGACGGCACUGUCUCUCUGCAGGAGUGGAUUCAGGGAGGGAUGACCACGAUCCCCUUACUAGUGCUCCUCGGCUUGGAGAACAAUGUGAAGGAUGAUGGACAGCACGUUUGGCGACUGAAGCAUUUUAACAAGCCAGCGUACUGCAAUCUCUGCUUGAACAUGCUCAUCGGUGUGGGGAAGCAGGGCCUGUGCUGCUCCUUUUGCAAGUACACAGUCCACGAGCGAUGUGUGGCAAGAGCGCCUCCUUCUUGCAUCAAGACCUAUGUGAAGUCCAAAAAGAACACAGACGUCAUGCACCAUUACUGGGUUGAAGGCAACUGCCCAACCAAGUGUGACAAGUGUCAUAAAAAUGUCAAAUGCUACCAAGGCCUGACUGGACUUCACUGUGUUUGGUGUCAGAUCACACUCCAUAAUAAAUGUGCCUCUCACCUCAAACCCGAGUGCGACUGUGGAAUCUUGAGGGACCAUAUCUUGCCACCCACAGCAAUCUGCCCAGUGGUGCUGGCCAAAUCCCACAAGCUGAAUCAGAUGACCUGCGCCUUCCGCAGCCAGGAAAGGUCAAAUGAUCACCCGCUCCCAAAGGCGCCGUCCUUCCCGCUUCAGCGGCCUGUUGUAGUUAUCAUUGUCAUUCCGUCAUAUCCAGAUUGCUGUGACCCAGGGGACCGCAGCACGCCAGGCCUUCCUGUCUCCCAGAGCGUGAAACUUGACGCCAUUACUGGUCCUUGGUGCAUGGUGGUCCAGUGA